UGCGCUCCUUUAGAAAGGAGGAGGAUUGGCCCGGUUCAUCUGGGCCGCACACUUUUCUUCAUUUUGGGCUACAGCCGGGGCCUCAAGGAAAGCCCCGGAUCCCGUAAGAAGGGUGGCUUUUUUAGUACUCAAGGUCGAGGAGGGGGGAGCAACACGGACAGAACGGGAUGCUCCAGAACCUCGGGCUUGAAGAGGGGGGCCCCCCGUCUGAUUCUUCACAAUAACCGUGGUUUGGAUGAUGGUGGUGAUGCACAUCCAGCAGAGCGCCGGAUUCCCACAAACCCUCACACACUGCGCCACAGCCCAGCAACCGAGCGUGAGCCACCGCACGGACACACGCUUCUGCUUCUCCUGUGAAUCAGAGCCCGUCUCAUUCAAAGUCGGACUUUGAAUGAGAUGCAUGGACCAAACCGCCGGGUAACCGAGCAGCUUGUACCCCGGCUCACGCUCCUUGUCGGGAUGCUGCACAGGGAGCAGCUCUGAUCUGGCGAUUUCAAAAGGUUUCUGACGCGCCGCUGCCGCUGCUGCUGCUGCUUUGACACAAGACGGAGGGGGAAGAUGUUGGUGCGAUGCUGCCGGGUUAAGCUGUCGGUGUGGGCCGCUCUGUGCGUGCUGGUGCUCGGCUGGUUCUACGUUUUCCCUGCGUACAGACUUCCCAGCGACAAAGAGAUUGUGGAGGAGGUGCUGGGACUGGGGGAAGCUUGGAAGAAGAACCAGACGGGUAUCGAUUUGUACAGGAAUCUGCUGACAGAAUGUUGCAAUCCGAGGUGGAUGUUUGCAGUGACGAAGGAGAACGCUCCUAUUGGCAAGGUCCUGUGGUACGAUGGAGAGUAUUACUACUCGCACACUGUCAACAACGAGACGUAUUCGGUUUUUGUGCAGACCACCCCUCUGAAACCCCUGAAGAAGUGUGCUGUGGUGGGCAACGGCGGUAUUCUCAGGCACAGCAAAUGUGGACGGGACAUUGACCAGGCUGACUUCGUCAUGCGGUGCAACCUUCCACCGCUUACGAAGGAAUAUUUGGAGGACGUGGGGAACAAAACCCACCUGGUCACCGCCAACCCGAGCAUCAUUGAGAAAAGAUUCCAAGGUCUUCUCUGGUCUAGAAAAGCUUUCGUGGACUAUUUGAAGGCAUACGGCUCUAGCUUCAUCUACAUGCCAGCGUUCUCCAUGAAGCCCGGCACCGACCCAUCACUCCGGGCGUACUACGCCGUCACAGACUCCCAUUCCAACCUCACCAUGCUCUUCGCCAACCCUGACUUCCUGCGCAACGUAGGCAAAUUCUGGAAAGCGCGCGGCGUUCAUGCCAAGCGCCUCUCUACGGGCCUCUUCCUGGUCAGCCUGGCCCUGGGGAUGUGCGACGAGGUGACAGUUUACGGCUUUUGGCCGUUCUCCAUCGGACUGGACGGGCAGCCCAUCAGCCACCAUUACUAUGACAACAUCCUGCCCGGUAAGUGGUUCCACGCCAUGCCGGAGGAGUUCGUCCAGCUGUGGCACCUCCACAAAAGCGGCACUCUGCGAGUUAAGGUGGGAAGCUGUCAACCUCAGAAUGAAGGGAGUUAGAGCGCCUACGGACUCCCUAAUGUCAGUGAGGUUAUGAUGAGCAGGAGAAGAGAGUUGGACUGCAAAUUAUCAGACGCUUGUGAGAAUAAAGGUUAUAGGGCCACAUAUUUCCUCUGGGAGGUACCCACACUACACCCGUGAUUAUUUAUUUACCUGAUGUUCUCCAAUUUUCUUCCUAUUCAUGAUAAAAAUGUCUAUUCCCUGACACAGAGUUUCCGUACAGUCCCAAAACUUGCCAUGCACCUGCCCUCGUCUGUGGAACAGUGUGUGUGUUUCCACGGGAAACCUCAGCUGCGAAAGAGAAAAGGGGGAUGGAUUUUCCUCUUGACUGACACAUGUGGCAGCUGGAUCAACCCCCAGCUUACUGAUGUAAGGAGGCAGAGGGAGCGAAGGGCCAAAGGGGAAUAACAUGCACUGAAAAGGCUGCUGAAACACAACAAACAAUGGAGAUAAUGGUAUUGUGGUUGCUAGUGGCUUGAAAAGAAGUGAAAUUUAAUUGAGCAAGGGGUAAAAAAAGUUUUUUUUUUCAGGGUGUAAUCUCAGUGUUUUUCUCAAACUGAUUGAUUCCAAAUGGAGCUGUUAUACAAUGUAGAGACUGACUCAUGAAUUAAAUCCCCUAGAAUGUUAAGCCAUGUUGCAUUUUAAACCUUGAAUCUAAAAGGGAAAACCUGCUGUUGUGUAUCUUGUCUUUGUUUGCCAAAUGUGAUGUUUUUUUAUUAUUAUUGCUUUUCUUUAGGUUUUAAUGUGAAUUGUGUUUGUGGUACAUCAAGGGGGGGAGAUAUUGUCCUGCCAAAACACAUAGGUACCUCAGCUUUCACUCCUCUUUUAACAGUGAUUAUCUUUUUUGGUGCAAUUCAGCAAAAACAGGCUCCCUAGUUUGAUCUAAUCCACUUCUGUAGAGAGCCUUGCUGGAAGUCGGCCCCCUGGUUGCAGGACUGUACUUGUCAAGGGCCAAACCAGGGGAACAGUGGACUCUUUCAUGCUCUCCCGCCCAGUCCUUGUGCUGCUUGUUCUCUGAAAUGAGGAGACACUGAUAUAAAGAGGGCACCAACAGAUGAAGAGGACUCAAUGGCACAAAGUGGGCUUUCAGUCAGUGUUGCUUCUUCCCAUUCAAUGUAGGAAACCUUGUUGAGUAACUAGUGAAUCUGUUGCACUCGGUUAUUGAUCAUUUUUGCCUCAGAGAACGGGCACAACUUAGCCUCUGUCCUGAACAAUUGCCUUCAAAAUCAAAUCAAACAGACAUUUUUGUGUAAACAUGCAAAACCUGCAUUAUUUAUUUAUUUGAGGGUGUCUUUUUUUUGUUUUGUUUUGGGGGUUUUUUCCUUAAAAAUGUACUUUGUAUAUGCUGUUGUGCCAUACCGGUGAUGGUGCAACAAUUGAGAACUCUGCAUGGGGAAUGCAGGAUGUGAACCACAGCCCUCGCUGCUGAAGGUACCAAACGUCUUUGUAAGUUUAGUGCUUUAUGUUCUUAUCUGCUCCGUCUGUAAAGCUGAAUAAGGUCCAGUGCCUUUUAUAUGAAUUGGAGGAGAAUUCCUUGUGACCUUCUCACUAAUGUGACUGAAGUGAUCCAAUUGGUGAUGCAUACUUUUUCAGUUUUCAGUGCUGUCAAGAAAAACCUGUUGACGUUUUUAUGAAUCGGUUAUCAUAAGCUUUUUGUGGCUUUGUAAAGAGAUAUCAAUGACUUUAGCUCUCUACAUUAAGGGGCGUUAAUCAUCAUAUUUGAAAUGUUAUUUUUUUUCGUGCUCAUUUGCGGAUUUAAAAGCACUCUGUGGCAAGCUCAUUCAACCAGCAAGCUGCCACAUUGGCAAAUAACUGCUGAUGGGGGGGAAAAAAGUGCUAAUUUUUAUCACUCAAAAUCUGCAAUCAUUCAGGUAGAUUUAAAUUCCUUCCUGCUUCUGACUAGCAUUUUUCACAACAGAGAAAUUCUUUCUAUAAGCAAAACUCUGCUGUGAUUGUGUAAAACAUAAUAGCUGUAACACUAAUAAAUCACAUUAUUUCUUUCUUUUUCUUUUUAGUGUUUUUUAGCUUUUAAAAAGAUAUCUGUUUUUGACACCAAAAAUUAUAUUUACCCUGAAAAGAUUUCCCUGCAGAGUACCAUCAGAGUGCAGGCUUGGUUUUAUCUAAGAAUCAUGUGUUUUUUGUUGUUGUUGUUUUUAAGUGAAUGUUACUCUGCACUGAUAGAUUUAUGUUCUGUUUUCUGUACUGCCUUGCUUGUUAGCGUGAAAUGCCAAGUUAGCGUGACCAAUGAUCUCAGACUCACAAUAAUGAGAGGAAAAAUGGAGUUCUUUUUUUAAUUGAAGACGAUUCCUUUAAAGAGGACAGUGUAUAACUAAUGCCAAGCAUGUGUGUUUGACUUUCUUUUGUUUGAGGUUACAAACCUCAUUUGCUAUGUAAAUGUAACUUUAAUGUGAAUUAUUCCAAAACAAACAAAAAAAUCCUGAAUAGUUUUUACUGCGGUCCAUUCAACUUCUAUGAUUGUUUGAUUGUUUUUUUUAAAUCUGCAUCUUUAUUUGUCGUCUUCUGCCCAGUAUUGUGAACGAAUGAUCUGUGACAGUUUAACUGUAAGUAAGCAUGAUGACUUUUCAAAGUAUAGGCGCUUUUGGGCCAUCGAUUUUUCUCUUUUUUUCUUUUUUUUUUUAACACAAGCUGUCGCUAAAAGUCAGCCAGAACAAGUGAAAACACCUGCCUGCCAGCUUCAUCUUUUUGUGGAAACGUGAAGUGAAAAAAAUGUGAUGUAAAUUUUGGUCUUGUGGAAGAAGGGCAAAUUAGUUUUAGAUCUGACAUAAUUAAUUGAGCUUCAGUCGAAGGUAUGCUUCUCUCGCUACACUGUGAGCUUUGCAAUUCACAUAGCAAGAGUAGAUUUUUGAAUUAUUUAAAACAGUGAUCAAACUAGAGAUGCUGACUUUUUUUUUUAAAUCUCAUUUUGAUGUGCUAAAAAACCCAUAUAAACAACACAUGUUCAACUAUUUUAAGAAAGAUAUGGAGAUAAUGGUGCACUCCACAGAGGCAGUGCAUUAUUAUUGCCGUCAUCUGGAAUUUAGUUGCUGCGUGCCUAGUUGUGAAGAAAUGCUUAAAAACGGAUCAUUUUAGCAAAUAUUUGAAGCUUUAGAUGAUUUAUUUCUUAGAUGCUGUGCUGGUUGACUGUUAAAUAAUAAAACGGCUGUUGCAAACAACCAUCUCACAUUAGCAUGCAGUUCUUUUUAGGACUAAUGCAAUUUUACAGAGAGGUUUUUGGACAUUUUCAUACGUAGCUAGUUGGCAAGUCUUGGAUUAAGGUUAGUAUUUUUUUAAAACAUGUUUCCUGUUUUAACCGCAUUCUAGUGCAUCACCAGCAGGUGGGGUUUUCCGACUGCAAAAUCGCCUGUUUUUACUGUAAGGUUUGUAAUAUAAUCUCACUGCUUAUUUGUUCUGCGGCCUAAAGGCUUUGCUUAAGACUUUGUGUGUUCAGUCUUGAGUUUUACAUUGUUUGAAGCAAAUCAGGGCGUUUCAGCUGAGUCUAAUAAUAUUAAAUAAAGUGGACGAAGACGGGGAUGUUUUGGGCAGGGAUUCUAAAUUGUAAUGUACUUUAUCGGUCUCAAAGGAAUAUUCAAUCUUACUGUUGCUGAUUGACGCUGAUCAAAGACGCCAACUUCUGCUUGAACAUUAGACGUUGCAUUUGGCUGAUGUGAAUGUCCCCUCAAGUGAGGGUUCUUUUUCCUCUUUUUUUGGUUUGUUUUAUGUAAGAAUAUUUGUUACAAGUCAUCUAACCUACAAUGCAACUUGCUUACUUACAUUAAAAGACAUUUUAGUAACAUCAGCCUGUUACCUGAUGCAGUUCCUCCCUGUCACUCAACAGAUUAAUGUGUGCACAGAGGACAGAUAAAUAGAAAUUCAUGUACAUGAGACUAAAUACUCAUACCACCAUAAAACACCAUUAGUUUGAUGCAGUGGCUUUAAACAAAAACUCUUGUACAUAGGCCUUUCACAAAGCCAGCAUAGCUACACAAAUUUAAUAGGUGAUGAAGGAAACUUUAAUUUAAUCUGAAAAGGUCAAACAAAGUCCUUAGCCCUUGUCCAAGAGAUUUGUAAAAUUAGGACAAGAAAAAGAUAAGUUUGCAUGAGAUGAUUAGACAAUAAUGCAAAAUUAGUUUAGUCUGUUUAGAUAUUUUCACGGGAGUUUGGAAUAAGAAAACAUUAAAGCCAACAUCACAGUACAGGUUUCAUUUUUAGGGUUGCAAAUUACAUACAUCAACUUAUAUUAACGCCGUUAUAUUGGGGCUGAUUGAGACAUCACUAGCCAAACAUCAUUGUUGCACUAUCGGUAUAGCUUUUUUCUUUUUAAUUAUCAUUUUUAUUUUGUAUUUUUCAGUUUUGUCAAUUUCUUAACAACCCGCAUUUGCAUACAAGGUAUAGAUUGGCAAAUUGUUCACCAUGUGGCUUAAUAGGGCCUUACUCUUUCAAUAAAUUGUAAAAUCAGAUUUAUUGUAAUUUAGCGUACAUAACCUUGCAGUUUUAGUUGUGGUGCUAUGAUAAAUUGUGUUGAAACAAACUUGUCUGAUCAUGUCAAACGCAGUUAAGCCCAAGUGUGAUGAGUCGUUUUGUAGGGUUCAGCUUCUACUCUUGACAUCUCAAUGACAUUUUUUUUUUGUAUUAUUUAACAUGUAAAUGUUCUUUUUUUUUCUUUGUCUUCACCUGAAGCAUUUGAUGCAAAAUGAGGAAGGAGAUCCACUUUUCAAAGAUUUUUUUGCCUUUGUACCACUUUGACUUUCACCCAUUUUGUCCAGUUUGAUGUCAGCAACCCAGCCUGAGCAUGUAAAAAUAAAACUAGAGGUUUUGUUUUGAAUUGACUGUUUAUGGCCAAAAUAAAAUAAAAUAAAAAAUGAUCACAGAACAACCAUAACCAUGUAAAACUUCAACACCAGAAUCAAAUAAAAAGAAAAAAUCUAAAAAAAAAAUUUAUUUGUUUUCUUUUUUUGUUGCUUUCCCCUGAGAGUUUCCCUCAUCCUUAAUGAGAAAUGUCAAACAGAACCACAUCUACUAUAGGGGAGGAUUUGCUUUUUCUUGCGUGGGCGUGCAGUAAUUCAGCCAAACACCUUCUGAGGACUGUAAGCGUUCACAGAAAUCCACUGUGCUUUCCACAGCCCUGUCUGCACGCUGGGCUUGUAUGGGAUAUGAAUUUUUUAAAGAUGUCAGUAGAAGCUGCACAGCUUUAUCUCAGGCCUCUUCUGCUCAGACCUUAACCUUUUCAGUUAUGAAGAAACGCAGUCGACUGUCUUGUCCGUGGCACUGAGAUCACAAAUUAACAACAAAAGAAAAAUUAACUCUUUAUUUUAACUUUUGUAUGGCUUGAUUACUUUGGAUUGCAUAAAGUACAAAUGUCCACAUGGUAAAAGUUGUUGUUUAUGUCAUAUUGCAUAUUACAAUCCUGUAAAAUGUCAAUUCACAUUGUGUAGUCACCAAAACAAAGGUUUUCACACACCUCUGUUGCUAUGCCAGAGUUUUAUGAUCAUUUCAAAGCAAACAAUAUCAAAAACCUCACUGUGGAUGAAGAUAUAUUAGAUACACGAAUAUUUAAUAUUUCUAUUGACACUUCUAUACACAGAUUCAGCAAAUCAAUGUUAGAUUCAAGCUUGUCUGAUUUUCUAAACACUUUUCUCUAUUCCAAAUAUGUAGCCUUGUUUUUGAACUGGCAACUUAUUUUAAUUUGAGAGCACACUCUGGCACCUGUAUGAAAGACUGCUUUCAGUGAGUUCUGGACAUGUGGAGAGUCAUGCCCUGUCAGGAAACUCCUGGUAAACAUUAUUUUUGGAUGGUCAGGUCACACCCCUUGGAGUCUGUAAUAGAAGGCUGAGCAGUCCAUAAUGGCUGUGCUUUGCAGAUUCAAAGUAAAAUGAUGACAGAUUUAAACACAGACUUCAGUUUAUGAUUUUCCAGCUGUGAUUAAUUAAAGACAGCUCCAAGCUAAUAGGGUUUUUGCCUCGAUUAAAAACAACUGUGUUUUCAGAGUUUUUGCAGUUUUCUGAAAGCUCGUUCCAGAUUAGGGGAGCGAAGAAGCUGGAUGCUAAUACUCCAUGUUUGGCUCUGACUCUGGGGAUGCACAUUAGACUUGAAUCGGAAGACCUAAGUGGUCUGGAAAGUUGGCAUAACAACAUAUCUGUAAUGUACUCAUAUGUUCAAUCAAAUAUUUGUAUUUCAAAGUCUCCUUUCUGCCAAAGAUGUAUGAAUGCAUCAGGUUCAGAGUGUGCUUGUGUUGGCUGUUCACACUGUCAUGACACCAGUGCCCUCAUGCACCCACUGACUUACAUGUAAGUGUUUUGAGGGUGACAGUUGGCAGGUUUUUACGUGCCGAGUCAAGCCGAAGCGUGUCAUAUUGUUGUUUUGUUUGUUUUAUUUUUGUUUGCUCCUCAGUCUUGGAUGUUGAAAUCUCCUGCAAUGAUUAAACAGUCCUAAUCAACAUGUAUUACAGAUAGCAGAUUACUCCGGACAGGAAAAUCCUGUAAUAUCCCACUGCAAUAACAGGAACAUGAUAAUAGGAGGACAACACCUGAGUCAGCCUUUAAACCCAACAUCUAUAUUUUAUCAAGUUCAAAAGUCCGCAGAAGAAAUAUUAGUCACUGUGUUACUUAAAUUGCUUUAUUAAACAUUAGCUCUGUCAGGUCAUUUUUAAUUGAGUUCAUUAGCCAUUCCUGGGAAAAUCUGACUCUUAAAUAUUUGGGAAUCAAAGUCAAAACCCAUUGAGGGAGAUUUCAACAUCCAUACUGACACCAUCCAAGACAGACGGGUGGCGGAAAAAAACGAAAUGAUACCAAAACUUGUUUUACUCAACAUGAUGAACAGGCAACAUACAGCCAUAGACACACCUUAGACAUGAUUAUCAGUGAAGGUCUAAAUAUAGCCAAGGUCUCUGAAAUUGACGUCACGCUGUCUAGUGUUGCGGGUGCCAUUUACCAUGACAGACAAAUUAACAAGCCAACCUGUGACUUUAUAAUCUCACACACGAAGAUAGAUUAAUUCAAGUCUGGAUUACAACUUUUGAUUUCUUCUCUUUAUUCUGCCACUGCAAUGUAAUGCUUUUGUUUUGUUUUCGCUUGCAUUAUGUUUUAUUACGUAAGGCCCUUCUUCAAAUAAACCCGAUUUCACCAGAGACGACGCUGAAUUAGCUGUCUCUCCUACGGACGUCUUGAGGUCAUGUCAUUUCCUGCUGUUGGUCAUCUGGGUUUUCUCAAGUCCAAAAAAAAAAAAAAAGCACAGCUACUUUCAUGUCGCAUUUCAUCCAACUUUAAUGUUUGUAACUUUAUAUAAACCCUUAAACCAAUGAUUUUAAGUCAAGUGAAGCUUGUUUGUGCAGCACAUUCAGCAGCAAGGCAGUUCAAAGUGAUUUGCAUAAUAAAAACAUAAUUAAACAAAAGAUAACUAGUAUAUUGCACUGGCAGAAGGUAAAGAAGUAAAAAAAGUUCUAAUCCAGACUAGAAAUAAUAAAUGUUUCACUUAUUGUUAUAAGGGCUUUUAGCCUUGACUAUCAGGAACUCAGUUUUACAAUUUUCUGGAAGUAUUAGAUUAGAAAAUUCUGGAAAAUUAGAUUAGAGUCUAAUCUAAUUUUCUAACUCGUGUAUGGCUUCUUCUGGUGCAGAAUUACGAUGUAUAUCUCACGUUAAUGACAUAAGAUCCUUUGUCUUUUACCUGGCGAGUCAGAUAAUUACAUCUUUCGCUUAGAAAAUUGUAACUCGGAGGCACUGACUGAAAUAUUAUAGGCGUCUCCUUGUUUUCAUUCAACCGUGUUUCUUUUAAAAACCUAACAUAAAUAUUAUGCUCAAUGAUGAAGAUUUAUUACUCAAACUGAAUGUGUAAUAAAGCCAGUUUAAUUGACUUAGAGGCAGAUAAGCUUUCCAUUGGAGGUUGUAUUAGAUAGGAGAUAAAUAAGAGGUUUGAUUUUAGACAGCUGCAUUUUUAUUUUUAUUUUUUACUGGUUAUGGUGUUUUUGUGUUCAGACUCAUUUGGGCUGGUGUAUUUACAGAGCAGAAUGGCUGUACAGUAAACUUCUGUGAUCACAAUAAAGCUGAACUAUGUCAA